AAGAAUUUUUUAUUCAUUAGUGAAAAGUGUGGUCUCCGUGCAUUUAACUUCCCCCAUUCCAACGAGUCCAAACCCCAGAAACCCAAAACAACAGAUCAGUUCACCAGCACAACUGAAUACUCCACACCACUUCCCCCCAUUCUCUGUUUCAGUUUUUGCCGUCACCACCACCACCCGGUCCCCAUGGCCGCAGGCCUCUCCUUCGCCAUAACCGCUAAACCCAUCCGCUGGUUCCACGCCCCACACCUCAACACUAAACCCGUAGGUCUGCUCUCUUCUUUUCCCCACCACAGAAAUGUGUUACGAACUCAGAAAAAUUCCAGAUUCGCUGUUUGUUUCGUCGUGGAGGAACAGAAUCCCCAAAUCGAAACCAUCCCGGAGGAAGGAUCUGACGGUGUUAAGGAUGCCCAGAUCUUGAUGCCGCCACAUGUGGCGGAGAAGCUGGCACGGAAGAGAUCCGAAAGGUUUACUUACCUCGUCGCCGCUGUGAUGUCCAGUUUUGGUAUCACUUCCAUGGCCAUUAUGGCUGUUUACUACAGGUUUUCCUGGCAAAUGGAGGGUGGAGAGGUACCUCUCUCAGAAAUGUUUGGUACAUUUUCUUUAUCCGUCGGGGCUGCUGUGGGUAUGGAAUUCUGGGCGAGAUGGGCUCAUAAAGCUCUGUGGCAUGCUUCCUUAUGGCAUAUGCACGAGUCUCACCAUCGCCCCAGAGAAGGUCCGUUCGAACUGAACGACGUUUUCGCCAUCAUCAACGCCGUUCCGGCCAUUGCUCUGCUCUCCUACGGCUUCUUCAACAAAGGUCUCUUCCCCGGUCUCUGUUUUGGUGCCGGACUGGGAAUUACGGUGUUUGGUAUGGCGUAUAUGUUUGUCCACGACGGCCUCGUGCACAGAAGAUUCCCGGUGGGACCUAUCGCCAACGUGCCUUAUUUCCGACGAGUUGCUGCCGCUCACCAGUUGAUCUUAGCUUCCAAUAUUUUUUGAGAAUGGUUUUUGCAAUCUAUGGUGCAUUAGAGAACAACGUAACAUAAUGAUUUUUAGAUGGGCCAAAAUCACGUGUUUGGAUUUCGUACUCCGGUGUAAGUGGCAUUGCAAAAAUUAUUUCUGCUUUUCAUUUUUUAAUCUUCUUCUUUUGGAAUUUUUCUGUGACAAUGUCUGAUGGCCGUAGUUUUUGUUUGUAUUUGAUGGUUGGUUUCAGCUCCACCACUCAGAUAAAUUCAACGGUGUACCAUAUGGGCUGUUUCUAGGACCAAAGGUAGAGAGAAUCUAUUCUUUACUUUCUAUUUUUACUGGGUUAAGGUAAAUUAUUUGUUGUGUUUUUUAUGGUGUAGGAAGUGGAAGAAGUGGGAGGAAUGGAAGAAUUGGAGAAGGAGAUCAAGAGGAGAACCAACACAUAUAAGGGUUCAUGACAGAUUGAGCUUUGAAAGACCCAUUUUUGAGAUAUUGUUAUUGUAAAAAAAAUCAUGUAAUUAAUAAAAAAGUGGUCUUGAUUGUCAAAAUGCUUCAAGGAGGAAUACCAUAGCCCAUAGGGAUAAUUAAGGGUAGAAGCAAAGAAGGAAUUGAGAUUAAUGUUUUCAAAGAAAUAUGCAUGCAAGAUGAAUUUAAUAACAGUGAAGAGGUUAA